AUGUGGUCGUUGAACACAACACUCUUCAUCCUUUUAGUAGUUUCCGGAUCAUAUUCGUCAGGUGUUGCGAUACAUGAAUUGCUCGAGCAGUAUCUUGGUGUUGUGUGUCAGCGAGAAAGAAUCAAUGUACAACUGACAUUCAACCGAAAAAAACAUCCGGAAAUGACGAAGUCAAUUCGUGAAAUGAUUUGGCGUGGUAGGAUGUGUGUUGGGGAUGAUAAAUCUGGCUCGUGCUGUUCACAGCUUAAUAUGAUACAAGAUUAUCACGUAGUAUUAGCUGGCUAUAGUAAAUGCGGUAUAGAGAAGACGUUCUUUGCAGGUGGCUUCAACUUUAUUGCCAAGGUUUAUUUCUGGGGUAUUGGUAAUGUGAACGAACAGUUUGAGAUUCAAUGCGCGGUACCAUUCGUGGAAUCUCACGUUAAGGCAAGAAUGGUAACAUCUCGCAAACCGAUCCGAAUAUCAUCUGUGGAUUUUAUUAACAUUCAUCACUCUUCAUUGUCUUUAGCGCAGGCAAAACCGGUAUCUGUACGGUUAGGCAGUAAUUUGUAUGUUGCUAUUGAACCGACCCUCGAAGGGAUGCAAGAAAGACUACACACAUAUCCAUUGCGUUGUUGGAUUACCGUUCCUACAGUUACUGAUACUACUACCGCUGCUGCUUCUAACAGACAAGUAGCGAGUUCCGUAGAAUUAGCGCAUAGAUAUUUUAUUGAAGAUGGAUGUCCAUCUGUCGAUGACUCAGUGUUAGCAUUUUUAGAGCAAAAAACGGGUACUGGUCGUUAUGCGGAAUGGACUAAAAUAAGGAUUCCAAUUACCCGUAGUUUAGUUAGCCCUUCGUUAUUGAAUGAAUCGGCAUUAGUUGAUGAAUCAGUUGAAUACGGGCGCAUUUCGCUUCAUUGCGAUGUGAUUUUCUGUACGGGUCAUAAGUUAAAUGGCUUUCAAAAUACUCCUACGUGUCCUCGAGCAUCCUUCUGUUCGCCGACAUCCGGUGAGAAACGGCAUUUGCCGUCUUGGGUUGAGCCUUAUGUACAGCAGGCAAUAACAGUCACUUCAACUUCCACGAUCCGUAUUCUUUUGGCAAAUGCUAGUGAACCAUCACUGGAUAAUGGUGACACAUCCAUUUCUGAUGAGUUAGUUGCUGAAAGUGACGAUAAUCUUGUCAAUGUUGUAUAUGAUUCAAAAUGUGCAAGAGUAUGUGCCGUAGCAGUUGAAAAAGCGUUAAGGAAGGAAGAAGAAUGUCAUUUAGAUGGUAUCCCACUCUACGUUGUCAUUAUAAUUGCUAUCAUAUCGUUCGCUUUUGGCGUCACAUUUGUGGCCACUUUAUGGCUCAUCCAUAACAAAACAGAUCCUUUACGAAAGAUUCGGUGUGUGGAUCGAAACAGACGUGGUUUGCCGUUAAAUGCAAUUUACCGGGAUUCGGUUAUCCGGCCAUUGAAUAAUGCCAACGCAUUUAUGACCACAUGUAGCGCGGCAAUAGCAGAACGAGAACGACUGGUCUGUGAACGACCCUAA